AUGGUUCUUGCACGAGCUGUUUUCGGUGGUGUUCAACGCCGAGCUUUCUCGGUCUCGGCGCGAAACCUCUCCAAGGUCACCGUUCUUGGUGCUGCCGGUGGUAUCGGCCAGCCGCUCUCUCUUCUAUUGAAGCUCAACCCUAGGGUAACUGAGCUUGCUCUUUACGAUAUCCGCGGCGCUCCUGGUGUUGCUGCUGAUGUCUCCCACAUCAACACAAAGAGCACCGUCAAGGGCUAUGACCCCAGCCCCACAGGCCUUGCCAACGCCUUAAAGGGCAGUGACAUCGUCCUCAUCCCUGCCGGUGUCCCCCGAAAGCCAGGCAUGACCCGUGACGAUCUUUUCAACACCAACGCUUCCAUCGUCCGCGAUCUUGCCAAGGCCGCUGCCGAGUCUUGCCCGGAAGCUAACCUUCUCAUAAUCUCCAACCCUGUCAACUCCACCGUCCCCAUCUGCGCCGAAGUUUUCAAGGCCCGUGGUGUCUAUAACCCCAAGCGUCUCUUCGGUGUUACCACCCUUGACGUCGUUCGCGCCAGCCGAUUCGUCAGCGAACUUAAGAGCAGCGAUCCUAAGGACGAGAAUAUCACUGUCGUUGGUGGUCACUCCGGUGUUACUAUCGUCCCUCUCUUCAGCCAGAGCGGCCACCCCGACCUGACCUCCAAUGCUGAGCUUGUGAAGCGCGUCCAAUUCGGUGGUGACGAGGUUGUCAAGGCUAAGGACGGUGCCGGUUCCGCUACUUUGUCCAUGGCUAUGGCUGGUGCUCGCAUGGCCGAAUCCCUUCUCCGCGCCUCCCAGGGCGAGAAGGGCGUCAUCGAGCCCACCUUUGUCGACAGCCCGCUCUACAAGGACCAAGGCAUUGAAUUCUUCGCCUCAAGAGUCGAGCUCGGCCCCAACGGUGUUGAGAGGAUCCUUCCCGUCGGUGAGGUAGACGCCAAUGAGGAGAAGCUCCUAGAGGCGUGCUUAGGUGACCUCAAGAAGAACAUCGAAAAGGGUGUUGCUUUUGUCGCCUCCAACCCUCCCAAAUAA